ACCUGAAUGCAUCAAAACACAGUCACACUCUGCAAGAUUCAGCUGAAAAGAUGUCUGGGGCAAAGGUGCUGCUGUUCCUGCAAAGCCUUUCCCGUAGGAAACCUUUGGAGCCUGAAGGCGAAGUGUCCAACUUUCGGCGCUGCCUGACCACCCUCGACCUUGUGGCUCUUGGGGUCGGCAGCACCCUGGGGGCCGGUGUUUAUGUGCUCACAGGGGAAGUGGCCAGAGCCGUAGCUGGUCCCAGUAUAAUUAUCUCCUUCCUGAUAGCAGCUGUAGCCUCCAUCUUUGCAGGAUUGUGUUAUGCUGAAUUUGGAGCUCGGGCUCCUAAAACAGGAUCUGCCUAUCUCUACAGCUAUGUGACUGUGGGGGAGAUAUGGGCUUUUGUUACUGGCUGGAACUUGCUGCUUUCUUAUGUCAUUGGAACAUCAAGUGUCGCCAGAGCAUGGAGUGGGAACUUUGAUGAACUCAUUGGAAAUGUUAUUGCCAACUCUCUAUACAAACAGGCUGCAAUGGAUUUACCUGGAUUAGCUCCCUACCCAGAUUUCUUUGCAGCUGGCCUCAUAAUGCUCUUGGCAGGGAUUCUUGCAUUUGGUGUUAAAGAGUCUGCUCUAGUAAAUAAGGUGUUUACAGCCAUUAACAUUGGGGUGUUGCUACUUGUUAUCCUUUCUGGUUUCAUCAAGGGCGACAUCAAAAACUGGUACACCGAUAGAGAUACUCUCCAAAGAGCAUAUGAAAACUACACGUUCCUGAAUGAAACCAGUCAAUGUGGAACUGGGGGAUUUUUCCCCUUUGGCUUUGAGGGAACAUUAGCUGGAGCAGCCACUUGCUUUUAUGCAUUUGUUGGAUUUGACUGCAUUGCAACAACAGGAGAAGAAGUUCAGAACCCUCAAAAAUCAAUCCCACUCAGCAUAGUGGCGUCCCUCCUCAUCUGCUUCCUGGCUUACUCUGGUGUGUCUGCUGCCUUGACUCUGAUGAUGCCAUACUAUUUGCUCAGUGUUAAUAGCCCGCUGCCCGUGGCUUUCACAUAUAUUGGUUGGGGUCCUGCAAAGUAUGCAGUGGCCGUUGGAUCCCUCUGUGCGCUUUCAACAAGCUUGUUGGGGUCAAUGUUCCCGAUGCCCCGAGUUCUGUUUGCCAUGGCCAGAGAUGGGCUUCUCUUCAAGCCUCUCAGUAAAAUGAGCUCCAGACAAAGUCCUGUCAUUGCUACACUGGCUUCUGGGAUUGUUGCAGCUAUCAUGGCAUUAUUGUUUAACUUGAAGGCGCUGGUUGACAUGAUGUCUACUGGAACACUUUUUGCCUACACACUUGUUGCCAUUUGUGUUAUCAUACUAAGGUACCAAGCUGAGCUCAGUGAGGAUUCAAGUUUAGGCAAGGCAGAACCUUUCACAGUAGGAGGUGUAUUGUGUCCUCCCUUCCAAGCAACCCCACGGACAUCAAAAAACGUCUCUAUUUUAACUGUUGCUAUUGUUUUAAUGGCUGUAAUCCUGAGCAUCAUAAUAUCCGAAGGUAUAGACUCCCUGCAGGCACUUCAUUGGUGGAGUUCACUUUGUGUCUCUGUGUUUGUGCUGAUGUUCACCAUUACUGUUCUGCUCAUCUGGAGACAGCCACAGAGUACAGCCAAAGCUGCUUUCAUGGUUCCUUUUGUGCCUUGGCUUCCCACUUUUAGCAUUUUUGUCAAUAUCUAUCUCAUGGUUCAGUUUGGAUCAGACACCUGGAUUCGUUAUGUAGUCUGGAUGGCAAUAGGUUUAAUCACCUACUUUUGUUAUGGUGUUCAGCACAGUGUGCAGAAACAAAGGAUGGAGAAUUCACAGAACAGAGGCAGUUUUCAAACUAUCACCACCAUGAUUGGGUAAAGGCUUUUAACUUUUAAAUAUUAAAGGACCUUUUAUGCAAGACUUGAUGCAGUUCAAAGCAAAUGUGUUCAUUUAAUAAACAUACUGAUGUUGUCUAUGAAUAUUUUAUGGAUUUUAAAUGGAUUGUCAAUAGGCAACAGGGAUUUAAAUAAGUUAAUGCUUAGUAAUAUAUACAUAUGCAAUGAAAUUACUCUGUUUAAGCAUGCUUUGCUGUCUCUUUGUGGUUGAUAAUUAUUAUUGUUACUUAAAAAUGCAUUUGUUUCAAAGCUUUUAUAUGUACAUGCAAAAUUAAAAUAGUCUUUUCAAAUGUUUAUAUAGUAAAAACCAUUUCCUUCUAAUAUAGUAGAGUGCUGUGAAGGAGUUUUCAUACACCUUGAACUUUGAUACAAUUUGUCAUGCUAAUCAAACAUCACUGUUGUUUUUGAAAUUCUACAUGAUAGACCAACACAAGGCAUAAUUGUGAAGUGGAAGGAAAAAAAAUAAAAAGUAUAAUGUGUAUUAAGCUUCCCCGAAUAAAUAGUUAGUGGAACCACUUUUAGCUGCAAUUGCUGUUGAUGAUCUUUUGGUCCUUUUAGGCUUUGUAAAAUAUGUUCAGUCAGAUUGGACUGUUAACACCAAUUUUAUAGUUCUGCUACUGCUUUUCAGCUGGAUUUAGAUCUGGACCUUGGUCAGUUGUUCUCCACACAUAAAGCUUUUGCAUUUUGGCCAAAAACUGCAAUUUUGCUUUCAUCUGAAAAACAUCUAUUUUUACAUGUUUGCUGAGUACUCAACAUGAUUCAUGGCAAACUGCAAAAAGGACUUUUUGUAUUUUUGUUUUAACAAUGACUUUCUUCUUGCCGAUUUUCCAUAUAGGCCAGAUUUCUGGAGUGUCUGACAGUUGCACUGUUGACAGAUUCUCCCAUUGGAGCUGUGGAUCUCUACAGCUCUUGGAUCCUCCUCUAAAGUAAAACAUGGAGAUACCUAAUAAUUAAUUAUCUCCUGUUCGCCAAUUUCAGUUCAGGUAAAAGACCAUCUCUUUGUAGGUUUGCAGUUGUAACACACUGUACUCUUUCCAUUUUUGAAAGAUGGAUUGAAAAGUUCUCUAGGAGACGUUAGGGUUUUGGAGAUUGUAUAUACUGCUCAAAAAAAUAAAGGGAACACUUAAACAACACAAUAUAACUCCACUCGUGGUAGCAUGAGACGGACUCUACAACCCACACAAGUGGCUCAGGUAGUGCAGCUCAUCCAGGAUGG